CGUCUCAGUGAACCCUCACAUGUGUUAAUACUUCAAAGCAUGCAUAGUCAUCACAUACAUAUUGUAUGGAGGUGAACUGCGUGUCAACAGUGAAGGAAGUUACUUGUCCAGACGCACAUGCUGCCUGAGAAAAUAUAUCCUACAGAGUCAGCUUUGAGAAACAAGAUUAUUUACCACACACAAGUGCAGUUUUCAGGUUGUAGAGCGAUAGACUGGGGCUUGCAGAGAAGGCGCAUCCAGCUUUGUUAAUGCUAUGAUGCUGAUGACAUGUCAUCACUGGGUUCAGAAACUGCUAAGAAGUAUAUAGAUGGGUGCACAAAAUGUGAGGCGAUAGGAAAAUCAUACAAGUCUCAAUACAACAGUACUAAUUGCAUCCUUCUUCACACAACUCGGUGUAUCAUUUGUGCUGGAAAGAAAUCUGGACAACUUUUAGAAAAGAAAAGGAAAACUCUUGACAGAAUAGGGAAGGUAGUCUCAGCUUGGAGGAACAGCGGAGGGGGUCAAGUUCUGAUCCACGUAGAAGGUCAAAUACCCGAGGACAGGUGUCUCGAGCCUUUUGAUGAGUUCAUCACCAGGAGUCUGUCGGAUCUCAUUGAUGACGGAGAGUUAUAUGUAGACACAUACAAGCGACAUUGGCUCUCUGAUAUAUAUGAGUUUCAAGGUCAUACGGACUACGUCUUAGUGAGUGUGAAGGAAACGAAUGGGACAGCUACUGUGGAUUUUAACACGAAAGUGAGGAACGAUAUUGAAAACGUAUCAGUAACUUCUGCCAGUUUGGCUGUGUGCAUGAUCAGUAGACAGAAUAACACAGAUACCAAGAAACCCAAGACAAAAGGUAUAUGUGAGAAUAUUCAAGAACUCCAUGAAAGCAGGAAUAUUGAGAUCAAACGUUUCCAUAUUGGCAAAUUGAAGAAUCAAAUAACAAAGCAAAUUUCGAGAAGUCUGUCACAUUUCGUAGAUUAUAUAUGGCAUGAUCUCAAACUUAAAGACAAUCUGACCUCUAUGUCCAAGGUUGAGGGAGGUGGGUCAUACUAUCUUGGGAUAAGUGAGGAUAUUCUGGACAUUGAGAGUUACAGAACCAAACUUCUUAACAUUGAUGGGUUUUGCAUGACAUUUGAAGAAUCUGAGAUCAUCAGAGCCAUUAAAGCUAAACUUCAAAGUGACACAAUAGCCUUAGAGCGGAGCACAUUCUGUAGUGUCCCUGACGAUUUGAUUGAAGUGCGGUUACAUCCACUACCAGGAAAUGAGAGACGUGUUCUAGAGGUAGCUGUGCGCUAUUAUGAUGGCAUUGUCUUCAGUGACAAGGACGGACCAAGGGCUUAUGAAGUCAAGGACAACACUAUACAUCGGAUGGACAAAGCGACCUGGCUUGAGCGACUAAAACCACAAAUAAAUUAUAUAAGGGACUUUCAACAUGGCAGAGCACUUGGAGUUUCCCAGCAACAUGAGUGACAGUGACGAGAGUGAUGACUCCAGUGUGUCCAGCAGGUACAGCUCGGAGGGAGAAGUUCCAUUACUGACCUUUGAUGACCUUUCUGACUCGGAUGAUCCAGUAUUGACUUCUGGUGAUAUGCUUCCUUUAAGAAGUGUCUCCAUAACAGACCAAAUGAAAAUAGCGAGGAUUCUAUCAGAUGAAUCGGGACAACCAUUCUUUGGCAUCUUCCCGGACGUUAUUGAAGGCUUUCUCACCACAAAAUAUGCCCACAUUGUACAGAGGCUGAGGGAGCUACCAGACAGAGAUCGUACAGUCACAAUCUCAGCGAGCAGCUUACUAAAGAUAGUGGACCGAUCCUGGGAGGGGCGGGUCCCCGCGUCUCUCCUGUGUGAUGUGUGUGUGUUCUCCCCUACACGGCCUGUCUUGGUGCUGACUUUCACAGCCAUGGAUGGGGUCAACCAGAAGAGCAUUCAAUACAACACCCAGUUGGCGAGAUUGAUCGUAAGACAUGUGAAGGAGGAUACGAAAUUUGAUUUCAAUGUUGUAAACGCUGCUGUAGACAACUUUGUAUGUCAGGAGAAGCAAAGUUUUCUGGCAAGGAUCGACCAACGUGAGAAUGCCGCAGAAUGCAUCUGCUUCCCUGCCGACCUGCACAUGAAUAGAGACAAGUGUACAGCCAUUAUAAAGUCCUUCCUGAAAUAUCUGCCGGGGGACACUGAGUCAGAGACAUCCAAAGAAGAUAAUGCCCGAGGUCCGCCCGUGAGAGCACUUGAUGAAUUGCGACAACAAUUACAUACAAGGGAGACCGAUCACGACCGUAAAAUCAACAGCGUUAAUCAACACUACAAAGAGGAAGUAUCACAACUGAAUUAUCUGCAUGAACAGCAAAAGGAGAAACUGGAGAGCGAAAUCAAAGAAUUACUUCUGCAGCUUCCGCAUGAUAGACAAGGCAAAACAGCUGAUCUGCAAGACUUGAACUCCGGUACCAGAACAUCGAGCAAAAUAGAGAUAUUUCCGAGACGUUCAGUCUGUCAGCAGCACUUUACCCUGAAAGGUCCAGUGCCCUACUUACUGCCCUGUCUACACGCUGUGUGUGAGACAUGUGUGACAUCUGCAGCGGGUGAUGUGAUAUCAUGCUCUACAUGUCAUAGGAAGGUCAACCUCACAGACACUCGUCUCCAAAAGGAUGCAGUCAGACAGAAGGAAAUAUUCCACCUGACAGUCAAACAUCGCCCCACAGAACUCCUCUGUACACAUGAAGAUAACGGGAACCAGGCUGCGUGUUGGUGUCAGGAAUGUGAAGAGUUCCUCUGUGAAUACUGCCAGAACAUGCACAGCAACUUCAAACUUACCAAGAACCAUGUAGUUCAAAACUUCACUGACAUGGAACCGACAGCCUCGAACAUUCCAACAUUUUGCGGUAUCCAUAAACAUGACUCCCUUUAUCUGUUUGAUAAAAGCUGCAAGAAGUUCAUCUGUGCGAGAUGUUGGUUUGAAGACCAUGCUGACCACGAAGUUGAGAAGAUUGAUGUGGUUGCUGAUACUAUAACAAAACAGUUGGACCAUCAUAAGAAUGAGCUGUCAAAGUUACAGGCUCGCCAGCAAUCACACAUGCAGAGCAUCAGGCAAGGAAGCGAAGCAACCGACAGAACAUACUACACUUUGAAAGAAAGUAUUUGCCACACAUUCCAGACUCUGAGAUCACAACUUGAUCAAAGAGAGAAGUCACUUCUGAUAGCCCUUGAAAGUCAGACAAAGGAGACCAAGGCAACUCUACAUGCUCGUCUAAACACAUGUGAAGAAGGUUGGAAGACAUGCACUGGGGUUUUAGACUAUAUCGCCAAAUCCCUCCUCUAUGCCUCAAACUUUGACAUCCUGGAUCUUGGGAGUUGUGUAGGGAAGAUGACUCAGAUAUGCCUGGACACUGUUAUGCCACAAACACAUGACGUACCUACAGCUGUCUACAACACCAGCAGCCUGUCAAAUCUGAAAUCAAGAAUAGCAGAAUUUGGUGCAAUUUUGACGUGUGAAAUGGAUGGAGAAUCUGUUAAAGACAAGGAUACUCAGACAUACGACUUUAUUGCAGACUUGGAAAUGAAACACAAAAUGGACAUUACAGAACUGAAGACGAAAAUUGAUGCAGAUGAGAAACAUAUUGAAAGCCUUAAACUGCUUACAGACCAGCUGAAUGCUGAAAUCAAAAGCUUGAAAUCGCGCAUUGACGAGAAGGAAAACGUCGAGAAGAGAGCCCCCCAAAUCAUGGAUUUCUUGCGUGAUUUAGCCAGUGAAUACAGUAUUCAUCUGCUGAAUCCAGGAGCUGUAGACACAUCCAUGCUGCUGAAAUGUAUACAUCUGAAGUAUGACAAAGGCAGAGUCAAUCUUGUCAGUGUACACAUCAACACAGAAGGAGACCUAGUCAACAGGAAGUCGGGCACCAGACCUGCAGGGGAGAGGAGACUGAAGAAGUAUGAUGGCACAUGUAGCACUGCCCCCCUCCCCCGGGCUGGCUGUCCCCAGUACUGGGAGGUGGUGAACAGGGUCAGUCUGGACGAACCACUCACAGGGAGGAACCUCAUCCUGGAGGUGGGUAUGUGCAGGGAGGAGCAGAGGGACGUGCAUCAUUGUAUAGAUACACAACCCAGCUCCUGCAGCAUGGCCGUCACCCACUGUACUAUACACGGCGGGAUAUGCAGGAAGACAUGGAAGGAGGGGAAGCGUGUGCUGUGUCUGCCUGACACUCUCCCCAACACAGCAGGGGCAUCACACACACUACAUUACGGUGUUGUCUUUGAUGACGCCAGGAACAAGAUCGUCUUCAUUGAUGUAAAGGAGAACAAAGUGAUGUCGACGUUAGACAAUGUAGACUCCAGUCAGCCACUGUGGCCGAUGUUCGGGGUGCAUAACCCACAUCUCCUCAGUGUCAGCAUGACACUUGUAGUGGGCAGCGACAUCAACAUGACAGAGGAGAAGAAAGCAAUGAUUGUCAAGGCGUUGUCGUGAUGGUGACAGUGAUUGUCAAGGCGCUGUCGUGAUGGUGACAGUGAUUGUCAAGGCGUUGUCGUGAUGGUGACAAUGGUUGUUAAGCCGUUGUCGUGAUGUCGUGGCGUGAGUGAGGUGGCCAUGAUGGGGAUAUUGAACAAACAAAGACACAGAUAUUUACUACUCAGAAACAACUAUAUGACAAACAAAUAAGUUAUAUAUGACGGAAGGAUUUCAGUAUGAGCUGACGGUACAAUAUAUCCUCGUGUAUCCAUGUAGUGGUCAUGUAUUCUAUUCACAGUUAAAAACAACUGUCAUUGAGAAUUAUGAAUAGUUAAGAUGAAACAGAUAUUAUUUUCCAGUUACCGACAGUCAAUCUGAAGGCGACACACAUCCAAUGUUACCACACAAGAAUGAAAUAACUGAAGCGUUCGUAAAAUGCACGAGAUCAACAAUUUUGAGAGGCAGAUAGUGACAACAAAGAUGAAAACAAUAUAUUGUGACUUACUAUAAAUAAAAGUGAGUGAGUGAGUUGAGUUUAACGCCGCUUUUAACAAAAUCCCAGUUAUAUCGCGUCGUGUCAGCUUAAUGUGGGAGGAAAGCCCGAAGUGAUGCAGGUCUCAGAUGUUUACCACUU